AUGGCAGUAGGUAAGCGAUCUUCUUGCGGAUACCUGUUUUUAAUUGUCUCCUUCUUCAACAAAUGUUGCUCAGUUUCUUCGCAGGAGGUAGAAUUGUCCAGAAUAAGUCGGUAUGAAAUAGAAGGGCAAGGGACGGAGUUUAAAUGUACAGUCGGAAGAGAAUAUUACAAUCGAGACUAUUUCUCACACUCAGUCUGGCUCCUUAACGGGUAUCCAUUGUUCGAGCACCCCGACGAAUUUCCAGCAACGCUGGAAAGUAGCAAAAAGAUAACGCUGCACAGAAACCAGACUGGAUCCACGUUGAUGUGUCUGCUGCAUCCGAUUGAGAAAAACUCGACCUUGACACUAAACGUAAUGUAUCCACCAAGCGCCGUGACCCUGCAUGUCAACACCACACAUUCAUGUGAGAGCGACACGGAGUGCAGCGCUGAUGUCACAAUCGGAAGUCGCUAUCGAUUCGCCUGCAACGCGUCAGGUUCGAAUCCAGCCAGUAACAUCACCUGGCUGAUCAAUACCAAGGCCCGUUCGGGGAUGGGACAGACUGAGAUCUCUCCAGAUUGGAGCCAGUCACGCCAAGAUGAGACCAACGAGGACUGGGAAACCUCGAGUCGGAUCGAUCUGCAGAUACUCCCAGAGCAUCACCAGGGAAGCAUCACAUGCAGAGCGAUGUUUCCCGACGGAGGCACAGUGUUCAGAGAGAUAACCGUGAAACUGAAUGUCGACGACAAACAUGAUCCACCAAGCGCCAUGACCCUUCAAGUCAACACCACACAUUCAUGCGAGAGCGACACGGAGUGCAGCGCUGAUGUCACAAUCGGAAGUCACUAUCGAUUCAUCUGCAACGCGUCAGGUUCGAAUCCAGCCAGUAACAUCACCUGGCUGAUCAAUACCAAUGCCUGUUCAGGAAUGGGACAGACAGAGAUCCCUCCAAAUUGGAGCCAGUCACGCCAAGAUGAAGCCAACGAGGACUGGGAAACCUCGAGUCGGAUGGACCUGCACAUACUCCCAGAGCAUCACCAGGGAAGCAUCGCAUGCAGGGCGAUGUUUCCCGACGGAGGCACAGUGUUCAGAGAGAUAGUCAUGAAACUGGAUCCGCCAAGCGCCAUGACCCUGCAUGUCAACACCACUCAUGCAUGCGAGAGCGAGACUGUGUGCAGAGGUAAUGUCACAAUCGGAAGUCGCUAUCGAUUCAUCUGCAACGCGUCAGGUUCGAAUUUAGCCAGUAACAUGACCUGGCUGAUCAAACCAAAGACAGAGAUUCUGCCAGAUGGGACCCAGUUACGCCAAGAAGAGGCCAACGGGGACUGGGAAACCUCGAGUGAAAUCAACCUGCAGAUACGCCCAGAGCAUCGACUUGGAAGCAACACAUGCAGGGUGAUGUGUCCCGACGGAGGCACAGUGUUUAGAGAGAUGGUCAUGGAAUUGAUUGUCAACGACAAACUAGAUAUACUGCAGCUGCUCGCCAUCAUCAUACCGGCUGCGGGGACUGUGUUAGCAGUCGUCGUCAUUGUAACUGCUUGCACACUGCGGUCCAAUGCCAAGCGCGAAAGAGCACAAGAGGUUACAGAGGUAAUGGAGGAAGGCACUACGAAGAAAUGUAACUUUCCCCGGAGCAAGAUUACGCUGUUCGAUGUCAUUGGAAGUGGGAACUUCGGUCAAGUCUUUAGAGCGACUGCAGACGGGAUACUGCAGGAAGGAGUCGAGACGGAGGUGGCUGUGAAAGUACUCAAAGAGUCUGCUGAUGGAGCAGCCGUCUGUGACUUCAAGAAGGAAAUCGCGAUCCACAAAACUUUGAAGAGACAUCCGAAUGUAGUCUCCAUGUUUGGAUGCUGCACUGACUCGGAACCCUUCGUCAUCAUUCUGGAGUUACUUCCAGGGGGCAGUCUACAGGGUUACCUGAGGAACAAGAAAAAGGCAUGGAUGGAGGAAGCCGUAGAAGGCGCUAAACCUGUCCCUCCAUCCGAGCUGCUUGCUUUUGCCUCUCAGAUCGCGAGUGGCAUGGAAUACCUGUCAUCAGUUGGGUGCAUUCACCGUGAUUUAGCAGUCCGUAAUAUCCUCCUUGAUAAAGACAUGGUAUGCAAGCUGUCCGACUUUGGCCUAGCGCGUGAUGUUUCUGAGACACAACAAUACGAAAGGACUUCAGUGGGGAUGAUUCCAGUUCGCUGGUUGGCUAUCGAGAGCCUGCUUGACGAUGUCUAUACCACCAUGAGUGAUGUCUGGUCAUUCGGCAUUCUGCUGUGGGAGAUUGUGACACUGGGUGCCCACCCCUAUCGUGGCUUGCGUGCACGUGACGUAAUUGAUUCCAUAGAACGGGGCUUUCGGUUAGCAAAUCCCGCCCACUGCAGCGAACAACUUUACGAGGUAAUGAAUAAGACCUGGCAGGAGACGCCUAGCGAACGCCCGACAUUUCGCGAAUUGAGAGAGACCCUUGAAGGAAUGAUCCCUGAGGCUCCGAUUUACCUGGAUAUGGCGAACUUUGUGGCCGAUCAAUACGUGGGAAAAAACUCUUGA